GCCUUUGUGUGUUGUGUCUAACUCUUAAGUCAGCAUUUUCUUAGUUCAUAUAACCUAAAACAACAAAAGAGAAAGAAAAAGAAAUGGAAAACGCUUCGACUGUGAGAUUCUCUAGCUGUCGGGGCGUCGCGUUUGAGAUUAAACCUCAUGCAAACCCUUUCGCCAUCAUUACAACUGAUCAAAACCUUAACGCAAACGCUGAACGCGAGGAAACGAGCCGCAGGUUUCGACUUCCAAAGGAUUUCAUCAGAAACGCCUCAAAAGCUUUCCCUUCAUCGUUGCAACAGUCUAUAAGCCUAGUCAGCAGCCAUUUCUGCGAUCUGGACUCCGACAACGACGAUGAAGAAGAUGAAGACGAUUUUUACUACUUAGAAGAAGGUGUGUUCAAAGAAGGAGACGAACAACGCAAUACUACAGACGAAAACGCAAUUCUUGAUUCUUCCUCAAGCAAACACAGCGAGAAACCGCAGCAACCGCCGGUUCCAAAGAAACGCGUUUCAAGACUAUCAAUCAUACUUCUUGAUCAAGGACUCUUCACCGUUUACAAACGUCUCUUCGUCACUUCAUUGUUUCUAAACGUCGUAGGUCUCGUUCUCGCAGCCACGGGACGUUUUACUUACACUAGAAACGGAGCAUCUCUGUUUUCAAUCGCCAAUAUUCUUGCCCUAACUCUCUGUAGAAGCGAAGCCUUCUUGAGACUCGUUUUCUACCUAACCGUAACCAUCCUCGGACGCUCCUUUGUCCCUCUCCGCAUUAAAAUCGCGGUCACGUCGCUCUUGCAAAGCCUAGGCGGUAUCCACAGCGGUUGCGGCGUUUCCUCAAUCGUUUGGCUUGUCUACUCAUUAGUUCUCACUCUUAAAGACAGGGACAACAAUUCAACAGCGAUCAUAGCGGUUGCGUCCGCGAUUCUUUCCCUCCUCUGCCUCACAUCCGCAGCUGCGUUUCCUCUUGUUCGUCAUUUACACCACAACGUCUUUGAACGCGUCCACAGAUUCGCGGGCUGGUCUGCUUUAGGCCUUGUUUGGGCGUUUAUAGUAUUAACGACUUCCUACGAUCCAGUUUCGAGAUCUUACACCGAUAAUCUCGCCUCGACGCUGAUCAAAAGGCAAGAGUUUUGGUUUACGUUAGCGAUCACAGUCGCUAUUGUGCUCCCUUGGUUGACUGUGAGACGCGUUCCGGUUGAUAUAUCAUCUCUCUCGGGCCACGCGUCGCUGAUCAAGUUCAGUGGAGGUGUGAAACCAGGGAUCUUGGGAAGGAUCAGUCCAUCCCCGUUGUCAGAAUGGCAUGCUUUUGGGAUCAUCUCUGACGGGAAGACAUCGCACAUGAUGUUAGCCGGUGCUGUCGGAGACUUCACCAAGUCAUUGGUCUCAAAACCUCCAACUCACUUAUGGGUCCGUACGGUUCACUUUGCCGGCUUACCCUAUCUAGUUAACUUGUAUGGCAAGGUAUUACUUGUGGCCACUGGUUCGGGGAUUUGUGUAUUUUUAUCGUUUCUCAUGCAGCAGAGUAAGGCCGAGGUAUAUUUAAUCUGGGUGGCUAAAGGAUUAGAUGAUAAUUUCGGGUCGGAGAUUGUGAAUAGGAUUAAAUCUGAUCCUCAUCAAGACAGGAUCAUAGUUCACGAUACCGCGAUUCUAGGACGACCUAAUGUGUCGGAAAUGAGCGUUAAAGUUUCCAAGAAGUUUGGAGCUCAAGUUGUAAUUGUUACAAGCAACCCUGAAGGAAGUCGCGACGUUGUUAAUGCAUGUAAGGCUUCUGGGGUUCCAGCUUUUGGUCCCAUUUGGGAUUCUUAAUUACUAGUAUAUUUUUUACAUAAUGAUGUAAAAGAAA